CAGGGUGGGUCAUGAGAUCCCUGUGGUUCCCUAUGAAGAGCGCCACACAGACAGUUCUGUAGGGGUUGAGACACAGCCUGUGUCGCGCUCUCAAUCUCGGACAGCGCAUUGUCCACCUGGAUGCCGUGACUUUCGUUAUUUUCCAUUUUAGUCAUAUCGCAGUGCCAGAAGAGACACUUUCACAAUGGCUGGAGCAAUUAUUGAGAACAUGAGCACCAAAAAGUUGGUGAUCGUGGGAGUAAUUCUGCUUUUAUUCCAGGCGUUUUCCUUUAUGGUUGGUGGACUGAUUGCUCCAAGCCCCACCACAGCAGUCCACUACCUGGCCACUAAGUGUGUGGACACCAUGAAGACCCACCAUCAGGGCUCCAAGUGGUUCAUGCCUUGGGGCCCCAACCAGUGCAUCAAGAUCCGGGACUUUGAUGAGGCCAUGGCCAAAAGAAUUGAGGCCAAUAACAUUGUAUUUGCAGUCCACAUUCCUUUACCUAACCGAGAGAUGAGUCCCUGGUUCCAGUUCAUGCUGGUUAUCCUCCAGCUUGACAUUGCCUUCAAAAUGCAAAACCAAAUUGAGGAUGGAGCUUUGGUCACCAUGGACGUUGGCCUGGCCUACAGAAAUGACACUUUGAGUGAGUGGAUUGAGAUGGCCCAUUCCAUAGAACAUCGCAAACUGAGCUGCAAUUUCACCACAACAAAGACAUUUGAAAAUGAGGGGCGCUACUAUGAUUGUGACCUGUUGCCGUUUAUGGAGGUUGGCAGUGUGGCCCAUAAGUACUAUCUUCUCAACAUCAGACUACCUGUCAACGAACGCAAAAAAGUCAACAUCGGGAUUGGUGAAAUCAAAGACAUCAGACUUGUGAGCAUUCAUCAAAAUGGUGGCUUCACAAAGGUUUGGUUUGCCAUGAAGACAUUCCUCACUCCCAGCAUCCUCAUCAUCAUGAUCUGGUACUGGAAGAGAAUCACCCAAAUGACCAGACCACCAGUCCUGCUGGAAAAGAUUAUCUUUGCUCUAGGAAUCUCUAUGACCUUCAUCAAUAUUCCAGUGGAAUGGUUCUCAGUAGGGUUUGACUGGACUUGGAUGCUUUUGUUUGGUGAUAUCCGUCAGGGCAUCUUCUAUGCCAUGCUGCUUUCCUUCUGGAUCAUCUUCUGUGGUGAACAUCUCAUGGACCAGACGGAGAGAAACCGUUUCUCUGUGUACUGGAAACAGGUUGGACCCAUUGUUUUUGGCUCAUUCUGCCUCUUCAUCUUUGAUAUGUGUGAGAGAGGAGUGCAGCUCAAGAAUCCUUUCUACAGUAUCUGGGCAUCAGAUGUCGGGACAGAGCUGGCUAUGGCCUUCAUCAUUGUAGCAGGAAUCUGUGCAUGUCUCUACUUCCUGUUUCUUUGCUUCAUGGUCUUCCAAGUGUUCAGAAAUGUAAGCGGGAAAAGGUCGUCUUUGCCUGCUAUGACGAAGGCUCGUCGACUGCAUUAUGAGGGCCUGAUCUUCCGCUUUAAAUUCCUGAUGUUGAUCACGCUGGCAUGUGCUGCCAUGACUGUCAUUUUCUUCAUCAUAAGUCAGGUGAAUGAGGGCCACUGGCACUGGGGCGGGUACACAGUUCAAGUGAACAGUGCUUUCUUCACUGGCAUUUACGGCAUGUGGAACCUGUAUGUGUUUGCCCUCAUGUUUCUCUAUGCGCCGUCUCACAAACGCUAUGGGGAUGAGCAGUCAAGCGGUGAUCAAGGUGGAAACAGUGGUGAGGACAUCCAGCUGACCACCACCAUCACACAUGUGGACGGACCUACAGAGAUCUACAAAAUGACUGGCAAAGAAGCUCAAGAGUAACUAUCCCCUCAAUCAAGAACCCAACAAAAAGCAAGACUUCCUAAAUGCCUCCGAGUCUCAAAAGUUCAAACGAUACACUUUUUGGUGCCCUGUGUGGUCUCCUUCAUUUCAAACAUUACCUCACAAAUGUUAAAGGAAUAGUUCACCCAAAAAUGAAAAUUCUCUCAUAAUUUUCUCACCCUUAUACCAUCCCAGAUGUGUAAGACUUUCUUUCUUCUGCUGAACACAUACACAAAAGAUUUUUAGAAGAACAUCUCAGCUCUGUUUGUCCAUUCAAUGCAAGUGAAUGGUGACCAAAACUUUGAAGUUCAAAAAGUAUAUAAAGGCAGGAUUAAAUUAAUCAAAAAGGCUCAAUUGGUUUAAUCCAUGUCUUCUGAAGUGAUAUGAAAGGUGUGGGUGAGAAACAGUUCAAUACUGAUUGAAAAAAAGUCUUUUUUUUUUUUUACUUUAAAUCUCCACUUUCAAACAGCCCUGCUAAGCACUCUUCCCUCCUAAGAGUUCCUCUUUUAUUUUAGGUGAUUCACAUUCUUUGUGCAUAUUGCCAUCUACUGGGCAGGUUGGAGAAUUUAUAGUAAAAAUGGACUUAAAUAUUGAUCUGUCUCUCAUAUCGCUUAUAAAUACAUUUGAUAAUUUAACCAGUAAUUAAACCACUGGAGUCUAAUAGAUACAUUAAAUGCUGCCUUUGUUGAGCUUCAAAUUUUUGGUCACCAUUUACUUGCAUUGUAUGGAGCUACAGAGCUGAAAUAUUCUUCUAAAAAUCUUUGUGUUCAGCAAAAGAAAUUCAUACACAUCUGGGAUGGCAUGAGGGUGAGUAAAUGAGAAUAUUUAUUUUUGGGUGAACGAUCCCUUUAAGCCCCCUUUUCACAGUUUGAUUAGUGAUGUAAACUUGUUACAUUUUCUGUUCGACUGAGGUUCAAUGUACAACCCCAAUUCCGAAAAAGUUGGGACUGUAUGAAAAAUGCUAAUAAAUCAAAAAGUUAUAAAUGUAUAAAUGAAUAUAAUGUAAAUUAUAUUCACCCUUUGCUACAUUGAAAGCACCACAACAACACAUAAUAUGAUUUUUUAUUUUUUUUUAAUGUACAGUCAUUUUAAAUCAGAUGAUUGCAACACGCUCCAGAAAAGUUGAGACAGGCAAUUUAAGACUAAUAACAAUUUGACAAAUUGAAAUAACAAGGCAGUGUGAAACAGGAGAUGUUAAACAGGUGAUGCAAUUGUGUCAUAGUACUGUAUACUGUAUAAGGAGCCUCCAAAAACAGCCUAGUCCUUCAAGAGCAAGGAUCGUUCAAGACUUGUCAAUUUGCCAACAGUAGUUAAAGUUGACUGAAGUUAAAAGUAUAGUUAAAAGAUUCAAGGAAUCUUGACAAAUCUCGGUGCACAAAGGGCAAGACGAAAACCAUUUCUGAAUGAGUGUGAUCUCUGAUCCCUCAGACAUCACUGUCUUAAAAACAUCAUUCAUCUGUAAUGGAUAUCAUGAGCAUGGGCUUGGGAUUACUUUAGUAACCUUUGUUAGUCAACACCAUUCACCGCUGCAUCCACAGAUGCAAGUUAAGACUUUACUAUGCAAAGCAGAAACCCUACAUCAACACUGUUCAGAAGUGCUGCCGACUUCUCUGGUCUAAGUCUCAUCUUAGAUGAAAAGUAGAACAGUGGAACUGUGUUUUUUGGUCCGAGAAGUCCACAUCUCAAAUAGUUUUUGAAAAACACAGCCAUCGUGUUCUCCAGGCCAAAGAAAAGGACCAUCCAAGCUGUUAUCAACGUCAAGUCCAAAAGCCAGUGUCUGUAUGGACCAGGGGUGUGUCAGUGCCCAUGGCAUGGGUAACUCGCACAUCUGUGAGGGCACCAUUAAUGCAGACAGAUAUGUACAAAUUUUUGAGCAAUAUAUACUGCCAUCCAGCACCGUCUUUUCCAGUGACGUCCCGGAAUUUUCAACAGGACAGCUUCAAACCACAUACUGGCUGAAUAAUGAGAGAGUGCAUGUGCUAGAUUGGCCUGCCUGCAGUCCUGACCAUCUCCAAUUGAGAAUGUGUGGUGCAUUAUAAAGCGCACAAAAUGGCAACAAAGACCCUGUACAACUGUGCAGCUAAAGACCAACAUAAUGGAUGAAUGGGGGAAAAUUCCACUUUUGAAACUUAAUCUUAUCUUCAGUGCCUAAAUGCUUAAUAAGUUUUAUUAGGAGAAAUGGUGAUGUUUCACAGUGGUAAACAAUCAAAUGUCCCAACUUUUCUGGAGCGUGUUGUAAUCAUCUGAUUUGAAAUUACAUAAAAAAAUUUAAAAAAUGAAAAAUACAUGGUAAAACAUCUUAUAAUGUUUAGUUGUAGUCCUUUUUGUUUUUAUUAGCAUUUUUCAUAUUGUCCCAACUUUUUCAGAAUUGGGGUUGUAAGAGCAACUGGUUGUGCAGAGCUGUAGAAAGCUAGAGUUGCACACCAUCUUGUGGGUGCUGGGAGAAAUUAUGAAGUUUACCUUCCACUGUGGUUUGGCAAAGACACUAGUGUUUCAAAGGACCAAUACGAAAUACUUCUAAAAACAGUGAGGAAAGGGAAACAAGGUCCAUUUUUUUAAAAUGAUACAGCAAUAAGUAACUGUGUCCGUUUAGUGUAUUUUGUAGCUUUUCCCUUUCUUGUUUGAGGGUAUUUUAUAAUGCAAUUACAAAACUGGAAGAACAAAGUCUUUUGUUAACAGCGUUUAGGUAUGUAUGUUUCUGUCGGUUGAUCCUUCCUCAACUGACUUCCUUAAACUCUCCUUACCAAAUGUAAACACCCCCAAGGAACCUGUAAAUCAAAUGACUUGAGUUUAAAGGAUUCUCUGAUCAAGGUGUGGGAUGACAUAAAUGACAGUUGAGAUUAGGGUCCUUAUGGUCUGAAUGGCAAACACUAUGUUCUUUGUUACAAAGUAGAGGUAUAUUUUUUAUAAAGUGCUUAUUUUCAUCUGUACAAAAGCAUUAGCAACUGUACUGUAUCACUGUAUCUUUUCUAGUUUUUCAAAUCUGUACAAUUGUAUCACAUGUGGAAAUCUAGGGUCUUGUUUUUUUCAUGCUUUUUAUGCUAAUUUAAAGUAAUAAAAAACUUUUAGAUCUGUG